UGUUUAUUCUCAACCACGUCUUAAGAUGCCCACCUGGCGUUGGUACUUGGGCUCCAUCAUACAUUCAGAUUGGAGGACCAUGGGAACAAGAUGGCAUUGAUGGGGGAGUUUGUGGUGGAAUGUUAGGGUGCUGGCCACUAGACCAUGCCCUCACUGUGCUCUCUACUAUACUCAACCCAGUUAAAGCCAGGGAAGAUUUUCUUCAUCAUCUUAAAGAAACUGCAUUGCCGAGUCAAGUUGAUGAAGAUAAGAACCUUAGUGAAGAUAAAAAUGAUAAUGUCUGGGUGGUGGUUGACAGUUCUGGGGAGGAGGAGGAAGACCCUGCUCAGCUGUGGGCCCGCUUCAAUGAAAAUGAUGUUGUUCAGAUCUUAAACCAAGUGCCCUUCAAAGAAAUCUUCCAGCACAUAUUAUUGAUCAAGGAAGAGGAUGGAUCACUCAACUAUGAUGUGUCUUGCACAAGUCACCAGGGCUUUAUGAAGCUGUUUGCAUUUGCUACUCAUCUUUUACAGCUUUUUCGUACAGGACUGGCAACAUAUUCUCAGGUUAGAUAUCGUGGUGCAACCAAACGCAUAUGUCGCCUUCUUCGACACACUGUGGAGUACAUCACUGACCACUGGCAAAGCUUCCUUUCUUUGCACCAGUACUCAUUGAGCCACAGCACUGCCAUGUCUCAGGCAGUAGCUCAUUUGGAAUCUUUACAGGUGGUGGUAAACAACAUAUUUGAGGCAACAUUUGUAAAUGAAGGAACAAGAGAAGCUCUGAGUCGUAAUGGCAGGGAUCUUCUUGCUACAAUUGCAGCCAAGCACCCGUUAUCUAUUUCAUAUCUGCUUACUGCAACUCAGGUGGCGCUGACUGUAUUGGAGGCUCAUAUUAAGAUAUGUCGUGAUUUGUAUUCUGGAAGCCUGCUGACUGAAGGAGUUAAGCAAGUCACUUCUGUUAUGUACUCUCCAUCUCCAGAACAGAUGUUCUUUAAUUGGUCUUGGGAACUGCUUAUACGUCUGAGACUCCACCGACUAGACCAGCCUAAGGCACAGGUUCAAGCUGCCCUGGCCUCUCCAUCAUCACUCCUUGUGGACAUGCCAGACCCAACCUCAGCAGCAAUAACUCAAGCGUAAGUGAUGACCCAUAGUAGUUAGUGUGUCUUCUUAUUAUAUGCUUUAUUAUUUCCUAUUGUCAUUAACUUUUUUCUUUCCUCAGCUUCAGACUCAGGCAUCUGUGAGAACUUACUCUCUCAUUGUUAGUUGAGGAAUUUUCAGUGUUAUAUAUGCUUUAGUAUUCAUGCCGACCUGACUUCAUACCACUGGAUAGGCUGCAUUUGGUUUAAUGUGAACAUA